AUGGAUCCCACUCCAGGGAGGUUUAAUUUUCAGGACGAGACUACUAGUGUUCUUGAGCACAACAUAAGCUUUCCGCAGGGUGAAACCAGUGAGGCCCAAACGCCACCCCCCCCCCCAUUCCGUAGUGUCACGGGCGCGCAGUGGGUGACAGCAGACCCCAGCACAAAACAAAGGCGUGGCCCAGGACAUGGAAACUACAUCCCAGCGAACGGUGCCGGAUUCUCCAACAAGCCUUACACAGAACAGAACCUCCUCUCAGCGACACCGCGCGUUUAUACGAAGGGGAAGGAACAGUCCCUGGGGAUCCCAACCAGCCGUCUGGACGAGGCCUGUGACCUUUGUGAGCACAGCUCCAACAGGUUCGAGUACCUGGGCGCGGAACAGGUGCCCCGCUCCAAAGAGCUUUCAGCCCGCGCAGGUCCUGCGGAAGAGGCCGGACACGGUCCCCGGGACCGCCCCGCAGGAGGCGUGGCCAACGUCUGCACCGCCCCUCCAGGGCCGCGAGCCUGGCCCUCCCCCGCGGGGGCGGUGCCUCGAGGCUCCCUGGACUUUGCGCGCAGGCCCAGGGCGGCGAAGCACGCCCGCCCUGGAACCGCCGGUUUCCUGCGCUUCCCGAGAAUGAGUUGGAAGGAUUUUUCACAGAGGGUGAUGGAGUUACAUCGGAACCCCUUGCUGGAUUCUUCAGUGCUCUGGUGUGACGUUGUCCUGGCUGAAGCUGAACCUCUGGCCUUGCUCACAGGGAAAUGGGGAAGGUGGAAACAGGAUGCACCUCACAUGGACAAACUGGAGAGGCGUGAAUAAACGUACUCCUUCCAGAGAUGUGAGCAGAAAUGAAGAAGCCAAUAAUGGAUACUGAUGAAAGCAGACUAGCAACACCACAUCCAGGCAUGAAGGAACAAAAGGAAGAAAGGACCUUAAUGGAACCCAGGGACAGUGGGGCCACUCAGCAGGAGCUGUAGCCUAGAAGGUCUGCAGGCCAUACUGGAAUUGUGAAGACAAAGUAAGGAAGGGGUAGAAAAUAAAUGCCUCAUCCUCACUCCUCCCUCUGGAUGGACUCUCCUACUGGUAACUCCCAGUGGUCAAAUCCAACCAGGAGCCCACUCUGAUCAGGGCCAGCCUCCCAGUGCUCAGAGAAGGGCAAGGUAGAGAAGAAUGGCAAAUAAAACAACAUAUAGGGUUAGAGAAGGGGCAGAAACAUAUAGGAAUGUCUGUCCAGAGACUUAAGAGAUUCCAGACAUGUUAGCCUGAGCUAACAGAAAUAUGAAAGACAGUUUGUGAGACUCUGGGCCUAGGCAGAACUGCUUUGUGGGUCAGCCAAGGAAGUGUAGCUGGAUUUGGAGAGAAGACCAUUCGUGCCGUCCAGCCUUGGAGUCCAGCAGAGCUCUUGCAUUUCAAGGACCGUAAAUGCUGGAGGCAUCAGAGAAUCUGGGGCAUGGACAUUAGAGAUCUUGUGCCACUCUGUGGGAAGAAGAUUUUGCCAACCAGGAGCGUGUGGUGGCUGCAGCUGAUGUCCCGUGUCUGGACUCACAAGAGGAAGGCUUCCUGGCCCUCAGCUCUGGGGACUGGAGCAAUCAUAAGUCGCUUAAUAAAAACAUACGUAGUA